AUGGAUUUGGAGCCAGGCACCAUGGACAGCGUCCGUGCUGGACCUUUUGGCCAGCUUUUCCGUCCAGACAACUUCUGCGGUGGCGGAUUUGGUCAGACUGGCGCAGGUAAGAAUUGGGCAAAAGGUCAUUAUACGGAGGGUGCGGAAUUGAUCGACAGCGUGUUGGAUGUGGUCCGCAAGAAAGCAGAGGGAUGUGAUUGCCUUCAAGGGUUUCAAAUGUGUCAUUCACUCGGAGGCGGCACUGGAGCUGGCAUGGGGACGUUGCUCAUUUCCAAGGUGAGAGAGGAAUAUCCCGACAGGAUCAUGGAGACGUUCAGUAUCAUUCCGUCCCCAAAGGUUAGCGACACAGUCGUGGAACCAUAUAAUGCGGUAUUGUCUGGAUAA